AAACCGUCUCCACACUGCCCCCAUCGGUCCGUCCCUGACAGAACACAGUCUUUGUGUCUGAUAGGUUUGUCUCCGAGCCGCCUGUCUCAGUCUGGGUGUCCCUUCGAGGACAUCUGGGUCCUCAGAGACUCAUGUCAUGCAGGCGACAGAAACAGCGUCGGGAGCACAGGCAGCGUGGGCAGCACCCGCAGCGCCGGGAGUGGACAGAGCACCGAGAGCAACAACACCCCCAACGGUUUCCCGCACCACAGCGGUCACCAUGACAACAACACCAACAAGACAGCGCCCCCUGCUGCUGAUUCUGGACACUCAGAUCUAAGCGACCAGCCUGAUCUCCCUGCAGGUGGAACUCCUCGGAGACAGACGGUGACGGUGCAGAAACCCGCGGAGCAGAGUUUCUCUCAGCAGUUUGUUCGACCUCAGCAGCUGCUGGAGGGGAAGGAUGCUGAAGCCAUCUACCAGUGGCUGAGUGAGUUCCAGCUGCAACACUACACAGGAAACUUCCUCAGUGCUGGAUAUGAUGUACCGACCAUCAGCAGGAUGACUCCUGAGGAUCUGACCGCCAUCGGAGUGACCAAACCAGGCCACCGCAAGAAAAUCUCCAUGGAGAUCAACAACAUGAACAUCCCCGAGUGGCUGCCGGAGUACAUCCCAUCGGACCUGGGCGAGUGGCUCAGCGCCAUCGGCCUCCCUCAGUACCACAAAAGACUUUCUGAGAACGGCUACGACUGCAUCAGCAUCGUCAAAGACCUGACGUGGGAGGAUCUGCAGGAGAUCGGCAUCAUCAAGCUCGGACACCAGAAGAAGUUAAUGCUGGCGGUCAAGAAGCUAUGUGACAUCCAGAGGGCGAUCCUCCACGCUGAAUCUGGCCAAGACACGCUGCGACGCAGAGGCCCCGGAGCCCUCCACCUGGUCGCCAUCGAACCGGCCGACUCAGACUCCUCCCCUCACACCCCAAAGAUGCUGACCUUCCAGGACAGCGAGCUGAGUGCCGAGCUACAGACGGCCAUAUCCAGGCAUUACGGCGGCUGCGAGGAAGGUUUGGCCAUGAAGAAUGCGGUGGGAAUGUCCCAGAGCCAGGAGAGCAUCGACGUCCGUUCCAGAGGCUCCGGCCGCUCCCAGGAACCUCCCACAGCCUCCAUCACCCCCCACAGCUGGUCGCAGGAGAGCCUGGACGACGGCUCGGCCAAGGAGAGGAACCUCCCUGAGGGCUGGGACCAGAGGCCCCUGCAGCAGCAGCUGCUGCCCAAGCAGGUUCCUCUGGGAACGGCCACUGUGUUCAAGUACCCCGCCAUCCCGGCCAAGCCCAGACUGUCGGGAUCUUGUGGCCCCUCCCCUCAUGGCUCGCCAGCACUGAAGGGUUUUAGUUACCUUCAUUCUCACUGUGGCUCCACAGAACUGAGCUCAUCUCCCCGCCCUGCGGACCACACCCGGACUCUGCCCAAGAAACGCACCCAGAGCAUGACCCGCUACGCUCUGUCGGACGGCGAGCCUGAUGAUGACGAUGAGGAGCCCGUACUCCAUUCUGGAAACCUGCCGUCCUACGCCACAUUAACCCGCAAGCCGGGGCGAAGUCAGCUGGCUCGACUGCAGUCGAGUCCAGAGAAGAACGGCAGCGUGGGACGCAGUCAAUCAUUCGCUGUGCGCGCCCGGAAGAAAGGUCCUCCUCCACCCCCCCCGAAACGACUGAGUUCAGUCAGCAGCACCACCAGCGGCGAGCUGAGCGACAGCAGCACGUCUUCAUCUUCAGGCCGGGUGGUGACGGACAGUUCGGGCAGCGUGAGGAGCAUCGCUGCUGCUCUGGAAGGAAGCACAGAGGGGAGGAGCCCCCCAGGACCCACACCAGAGCUCAGCCACCAGGAGGCGCCCUCCCCUUCCCUCAUCUCUGCAGGACAGGAAGUGAGAGAGGCUCCGGGGGUGAGGAGGAGGGUACAGAGCGAGUGCAUCCCCACCCACAUGGGCGCCGAGCCCGACCGGGGAGUGAAGUCUGACUCAGAGGAGGAAGAACCAAAAGACCUGGGGAGCUCGGCGUCGCCUCAGAACAGCUCCAGCGAGUGCAUCCCCUUCGCAGAGGAGGGAAACCUGACCAUCAAACAGAGGCCCAAAGCUCCGGGGCCCCCGAGGGCCGAGGCCGUGCUCGAGCCGCCGGACAAACAAGCAACCAAGAACCUGGAGGUGCCCGAGUUUAACCUGAAGGAGUCGGACACGGUGAAACGCCGACAGAAACCCAGAGACAAGGAGCAGGGAGGAGGCUCCCCCAGUCGAGAGGAGGCGGGGCAGCAUCGCUCGCCGUCCGGCAGUAGACCACAGAGCGGAGAGGGCGUCGGUCUGAGGAUCAGUGACACGGGUGUAGAGCGGCCGGCCAGUCCGGCUACAGGGUCACAGAUCAAACCCCCACUCUCCCCCAAACCUCCUACUGUCGCCCCCAAACCUGUACGUCACAGUCUGCUGGCUGCACAAGCAGCUGGACACUCGACUCCAGCCGUCACCGUCAGUGUGGUUCAGAGUUUGGCCUUCACCGCUCCGUCCUCUCUGGUCCACGAGCCUCCAGCUCCGGCCCAGACCUCGUCUUCAGCCUCGGCCCCUCAGAGUCCGUCUCUGACAGCGGCGAGGCCUCAGGUGUGUGUGGUCGGUCCGGAUCUGGUCCCGGAGUCGUCCUGUGGGACUGAGGUGGUUCAGCAGAGACUGGAUCAAACCAGCACGUCUCUGGAAGCAGCUCUGAAGGCUGUGGAGAGGAAACUGAACCUGGACGACAACUCAGAGAGCGGAGCAAACUCAGUGAAGUCUGCAGGAACCAUCCUGGACGACAUCGGCAACAUGUUCGACGACCUGGCCGACCAGCUGGACGCCAUGUUGGACUGAAGAUGUCUCCCACAUCUAUAUAGAAAUAUAUUUAUAUAUAUCCAGCUUCAAACUCAGGAAGGGAAACAGACAGAGAGAAGGGGUGAUGGAGGGAUGAUGGAGGGGUGAUGAAGGGAUGAUGGAGGGAUGUUUGACAACUUGGUCAGAGGUCCAACACCAGCGCUUCUUCUCCUCCAUGUUUCCUCCAGACUCUCAAACUGCAUCUUUCACUCACGUCUGGUUUGGAUCCUGCAUCAUCUCGUGUCUUAUCGAACAUGAACCAGACGCUGGAGCAGCAUCGUCACGGUGACCAGAGACUCCUGAGCACGUUUUCAUGAUCAUUGUUAAACACUAAUGUUGAAACAUGAAGUUUUAGAUUUUAGAUUUUACAGAGCUGAAGUCCUGACGUCCUAACUGUCACUUCCUGUUCCUGAGGCUGGAGCUGAGAUUUAACUCAAACCUUUAAUCAUGUGACUGAUCACGUGACGGAUCAUGUGACGGAUCACGUGACGGGUCACGUGACGGGUCGUUCACUGAAGGAGUGGCUUUGAGUCUAUUAGCUCAGCUUUUGGUUUUUCCAUCGAGUGAAUUUGAAAUGUUGCAAAACAGGAAAAGAAAAAAAUGCCAAUUUGGCAGAUUUAAAUGAGGCUGUGUAGUUUGGUCAGAAGGGGGCGCUGUAGGUCAGCAAACACUCAAACAAGUUGUUUGACAAUAAGAAACAAAAGCAGUCGCUGAUCAACCAGAGAAAAUAUUAAGACAAGUUGUAAUUAUUCUCUCUUCAUGUUUUCUGUUCAGGUGGAAACAGCUGAUCAGUCACAUGAGUUAAACGUUUCCUUCGUAAGAACUUAUUCACAACGUUUCAGUUAAAGCGUUCGCUCCUUUUUAAAAAGUCAGAAACCUCAAUCAAAGUUUUUUACUUUGAAGGUCGAAGGUUUUUUUAAAAUGUCAUUAAACAUUUUGGACGUGAGGCUUCAAAACACUGUCAGAGCAGCUCCUCCCCCUGAGGGUGGAGGAGACCAAACAAGGAGACAAAAGAGGAAACACCAGCGUCACUGUCACUGUUUCUCAGUGGAUGUUGUUGCAGCGCCCCGUGUGGAGGAAAUACUUAAAACUGAAAUAUUAUAAAUAUAUUUAAACACUUUCUCUCACUUCCUCCAGCAAUGAAGCUAAUAAAUCUCACAAACAAACGCUGCCAUCUUGUGGUGAUGUCGUCACUUGGAGUCAGAGUCUGUGCAGUAGUGAUUGUGGAGCCAGCCACCAGGGGGCGGUAGAGAUGUUUUGGCUUCACUUUUGGGAACAUUCUUGUUGUCCAUCUUGACUUAUCAUUAGUGUCGCUAUUUCUUGGCGUUUCAGUUUCAGUUCUCGUUCGAACUCGUCUGAACAUUUCAAAUGUUACGUUAAAAGUAUUUAAGAAGAAAAUCUAUUUUAUACCAGUUGAUCUUUAACCACGUGUAGUUCUUCUUCUUCUUCCACGUUGUGGAGUGACCUGUGAAAAUGGAGUUUAAACAAAGGGAAAAGAAGCAUGUUCAGCUCAUUUCAUGUUUCUUCAGUGGAAGACGUGAACAUAAUAUUCAGACUAUUUUUUGAUAUUUUAGCCACAUUAUUAUUUAAAUGAGUUAUCUAAAUAUGUAUAUUGAACACUAGAGGUAAAUCCUGGAGCAGAUAUUCAACCAAAGGUCUUUGUACAGAUAUUUUCACAUAUUUACUGUAAAGAAAACAGAAUCCUGAGCUUCCUCCUUGUUAUAACAGCUUGUUCUUAAAUGUUGUGUGUCCUGCAGCGUGUGGACACAGUAUUUAGCAUGUACUAGUGAACAUGUGUAAUCAGAGAAGAACAUUGUUAAACCGGUGUGUUCUGUUUUGUCCUGUGAUUAUGUGACCUCUGUGUGAAAGAGAAGUUCUGUGUUCCUCACCUCAGAGUCUCAGGAAAUUCCCCUGGACCUGAACGCACCGCAGCUCGGAAGUUGAGAGUUUUACAAAGAAACAUGUUCUUUUGUACGUUUGUGUAAAUACACGUCUUUAUAGUAAAUGUAUAUUUACUGUGGCUUGAUUAAACUGUUCUCAAAGUAAA